GACAGUUCGGUGGAGCUAUUAGGUGUACUACUAUCUACCAACCGCUAUCCUAUUCCUUUGGAUAUGAAGAGGGACGAAUAGGCCACGAACUCCAUCCCAGUCUGAGUUACUCCAACUCAGGAAAUGCCUCACUAACAUUGUGUGUAUUUUGCCCAACAUUUAUGAACUGCAAUAACUACAUUUUCAGAACUGUAAACAAUUGAAAUGGAAUGGACCCCAUCCCUGUUUACCAAACAGGUUAAAGAGAAACACAAGCAAUGAGGUUCAUCACGUGAUUAUAUUGUGGGCUAACGCAGUGAUUUUCUGCCCUCUGGUGAUGAUAAAUUCAACUACAGGCUAUAACUUUAAAAGCCCAACCCCAGUCUAGUUUUACGUGAUGUGAUUGGCUGAUCCCUUCUCUUUAUCCUCCACCUGACAUCUUUCUCGUUUCUCAUUGGCCGAAUCUUGUGACUCUCACACAGAAUGGAGAAAUGAGGAAGUGGGCAGUGGUUGUUGUGGUUAGCUAGCUAGCUGCUGAGGCUACAACAACUUAUCCACCUAUGUGUUAACUUACGACUAAUUUCAAGGUUUAGUCAGGUAACGUUGUUUUAUAGUUGUUUAAAUGUUUGUUAUUUAUGUUCACUUGUACGGAAUGUUUGAUAAAUGUAACGCUAGCUAGCUGACAGAAUAUUCUAGCAUAGACAGAUUGGUUACUAUAGUUAUCAAUACAUUUUAUUCUAGCUAGUUACAAAAUAUAGCUACUUCUACAUUUGUGAUUCUACAAAAGGUACUGGAGACGAUGAAAAACCUUUCUCCUGGCUAGCUACUAUCUUUUUAGUUUCGAGCUUUCUCCACAGAGCCUUUCUGUGGUUAUCAGUUGUGGAUCUUCUCUUCAAGGCAAGAAAGAAUUGUGGAGAUGGAGGUGUCAGGCUACCAGUCUAAGCUGCUGUGUGAGCUCAAUGAGCAGCGGAAGAGAGACUUCUUCUGUGACUGCAGUAUAGUCGUUGAGGGACGGGUCUUCAAGGCCCAUCGCAACGUCCUAUUCGCCGGCAGUGGCUACUUCCGAGCUCUAUUGGUCCACUACCUACAGGACAGUGGUCAGCACCACAGCACGGCCUCUCUGGACAUCGUGACGGCCGAGGCCUUUUCCUUCAUCCUGGACUUCCUGUACUCGGGUCGACUGGACCUGCGCAGCGAGAACGUCAUCGAGGUGAUGUCAGCGGCCAGCUACCUCCAGAUGACUGACGUGGUGUCCUUCUGUAAAGGCUACAUCCGUUCCUCUCUGGAGAUCUGUAACAGGGAGAAAGAGAGGGAUGGAAACAAAGAGAAGGAAAGAGACGGUCCGGCUGACAGUGGAACCCCAGCCAUGCCACCUCCCUCUUCCAUUGCCUCUGUAGCUGUAACUCUUCCUUCGUUGUCACUAGAGGGAGAUGGAGUUACUAAUGUACGUUCAGAAUCCUCCCCUUCCACGGUCACAGACCCCCCAUCCUCGGCAGCAGCCCUCCCCAGGGUCCCCACGCCCCCUGGCCCUAGCAGAGACUCUGAGAGCGACUGCAGCUCCAGAGGGGAGUUCCCAUCUCAUAUUAUUGGGGGCCUGACCCCCCACGGACACGGGGACCAUCUGAUGAACCCCCUUUCCUCCUCAACCUCUGGCUUGACCCUAGAACUGGUGCACCCCAAGAUCGAAUACGACCCCGAUGACGAGCGCGAGGAGGGAUCUCCCGAUACCAAAGACCUGACGUUGUUUAUGGGACCCCCCCCCCACACCCAGCACCCAGACCACCUCCAUGACAGGCUGACGUCCUCCAGCCUUUCCCCCAGCAGCGAGCGCUCCUCCCUGGGCUUCGGGGGCUGCCAUGCCAGGCAGUUCAUGGAUGUGCUGUUGAGAGGCGGCUCCAGCCCCCACAGGGACAGAGGGGAGCAGGGCCAGAUGUUUGCCCAGGGAAUGGGCCUCUGGGGUGGGGGAGGCAGGGUGGAUGAGGGACUGGGGAUGGGUGGUUCCUCUAUUAUGGAGAUACAGAGCGACUGGUACGGAGAGGACACAGGAGAUGGCUUGUUAGUGCCGGUGAAGCUCCACAAGUGUCCGUUCUGCCCGUACACCGCCAAGCAGAAGGGCAUCCUGAAGAGACACAUCCGCUGUCACACUGGAGAGAGACCUUUCCCCUGUGAGACGUGUGGCAAGAGGUUCACACGCCAGGAACACCUCCGCAGCCACUCACUCAGCGUGCACCACUUCAGUUGGCCCGUGGUUUGUAAAGGGUGCAGACGAAGAUUCACUGGAGCCCUGUCCCACGGACUCAAACGCUUCGGCCUGUGUGACAACUGUACCCGCGUUACGACCACGGGCCACGACGACUCACCUCCCGCCCACAUCAACCUCGACGGCCAACCGGAGGCCAUGGAACGUGGGGACGGAGACAGUGAUUGGCCCAGGUUCAGGGAGGAUGCUGAUGACAUGGAGGCCGGGGGAGGGAUUAUAGAGGAACUGGGGGAGAAAGGGAAACUACACAGAUGACUAUCAGACAUCCCAACCACAGUGGACAUGAAGGAGAGGAGACAAGGAAAGGAAGAAUUUAACUUUCAGACACAGUUUUAGUCCUAUCUUGCAGUCUACCUCCCCCAGUAGUUUAAUUAGGGGAACAAGACUGAAACAGAGGUCCAUGUUUGUCUUGGCUACUAUUUUGGACCAAAAUAACUGUGGUACAGAACUGCAUGACCAUAAGAGGACUGGGUUUGUCCCUAGGAGAAAGACGUUGUGUUGUCCCUAGGAGAAAGACGUUGUGUUGUCCCUAGGAGAAAGACGUUGCGUUGUCCCUAGGAGAAAGACGUUGUGUUGUCCCUAGGAGAAAGACGUUGUGUUGUCCCUAGGAGAAAGACGUCCCUAGGAGAAAGACGUUGCGUUGUCCCUAGGAGAAAGGCGUUGUGUUGUCCCUAGGAGAAAGGCGUUGCGUUGUCCCUAGGAGAAAGACGUUGUGCUGUCCCUAGGAGAAAGGCGUUGUGUUGUCCCUAGGAGAAAGACGUUGUGUUGUCCCUAGGAGAAAGGCGUUGCGUUGUCCCUAGGAGAAAGACGUUGUGCUGUCCCUAGGAGAAAGGCGUUGCGUUGUCCCUAGGAGAAAGACGUUGCGUUGUCCCUAGGAGAAAGACGUCCCUAGGAGAAAGACGUUGCGUUGUCCCUAGGAGAAAGACGUUGCGUUGUCCCUAGGAGAAAGACGUUGCGUUGUCCCUAGGAGAAAGACGUCCCUAGGAGAAAGACGUUGUGUUGUACCUAAGAGAAAGGCGUUGCGUUGUCCCUAGGAGAAAGACGUUGUGUUGUCCCUAGGAGAAAGACGUUGUCCCUAGGAGAAAGUCGUUGUCCCGAGGACAAAGACGUUGUGUCAUCUGUCGUGUCUUUGGCAUCAUUAAAGUGAAGACUUAUUUUCUCACGUCAAUUCUCUGUAAUUAUUAUUACGUGAUUAGGCUAAUCAUGUAAAUGUAAUUAACUAGGAAGUCGGGGCACCAAGGUAAAUCUUCAGAUUACAAAAUUAUAAUUUUCCUAAUAUAACUCUUCAGAUGGUUUAAUAUCUGAUCAAUUAGUCUUCUAAUUAAUGAAUUAUUCUUUACCUCACGUUAGCCUCAUUCCAAACGUCGUAAAUUGUUGGUUAUCUGCACGAACCCAGCCUUUACUAUGAAUCAUCCCUACACCAAUUGUCACAAUCAUUUAUUUUGCAAUCAUUUACUAACUAAAUAAUCACAGAAAUGCAUGAACAAACAAACAGUAGCUAUGGCUACAAGGAAAUGAUAGGGGAGGUUCCCUAGUGGGCUAAGCCGAUAUGACGGCUUGGUGGACAAAGGGAAGUGGGUGUGGAUUGAGAAGGGAGCGAAAGACAAAAGAGUCACUACACAGUUGAUAAUUAUUUUAAUUGAAAUGAUAAUCUUUUGCACGUGAACGCUCACUCAUUUGGGAAUAAUUGCAAUCAAUAUAUAUAUUUACGCUCAAGUGUGUCGUCGUGAUCUCUGUUGGAAUCGUCUGUCUUUCUGUUGGAGAGUUCAUCUGAGCGUCUCUCUCUCUCUCUCUCUGCUUCCCUGAAGUCCUUUGUGGUUAGGAUGGAUACCUCAGAGUACCAUUCAGAAAUGUUCUAAUAGAUGUUUCGGCGGUUGACGGUCUUCGCAUCCCAUGUUGCAGACUAGUAAUUAGUAUCUAAGAUUUGCUCUUAUUCUUUCGUGAUCGAUAGUCUCAGAGUUUAACCAUUUCCAGCCGUGUAGUCAAUGCUCCACGUGGUAAGGUUAGGAAUUCAACAACCAUUACAUCCUUAGCUUAUACUGAGGUUUUUGUGGUCUCUACUCAAACCUUCGCCCCCUCAGCUGACCGAGGUAUGCGUGGUCUGACGAGGAUUUCUUCAGAUGGGGGUUUUAUUCGUAACAGUAGAAAAGGGCUGUUCCAUGAGCCAGAUCAUGUCUGUGCUCAUGGGGGCGGCCCAAUUACUUAGUUAAACUUUAAAGGGAAUACAAUUCUCUCACAUUAACGGUUUACCAUAGCAUUACAUCAUUUCACAAAUAGUUUCAUCUUUACUCAUUCAUUUUAGACAAUAAUUAGAUACAAACCUCAUAAUGGAGGCACCUGUAUAAACAGAGUUAUGGUAAUGUGGCUGUAUUGUCUUUCAUGAGGUCACAAACAUGAAACAAAAAGGACCUUGUCGUAGCUGACUUCUCCACCGACCGUUUACACAUUCUCCAAAAUAUGGACAUUGUUCAGUUCUCAAGUUCUGUGAAGAAGUUCCUUUGUUCUUUCUAUGUGUCUCUUUCUGCAUGGCCAUUGGGGAGAGAGUCUCCUCCUGGAAUUUACGACCUGAGAUAACAGAACCUGGAUAUAGGAGAGGAGAGAGAGGGAAUGCCACGAUCUAUUCCCAGAAAGGGCCACGUCAUGACAUGUCCCUAGGAGGAAGACGUUGUGUUGUCCCUAGUAGAAAGGCGCUUUGUUGUCCCUAGGAGAAAGACGUUGUGUUGUCCCUAGGAGAAAGACGUUGUGUUGUCCCUAGGAGAAAGACGUUGUGUUGUCCCUAGGAGAAAGACGUUGUGUUGUCCCUAGGAGAAAGACGUUGUGUUGUCCCUAGGAGAAAGACGUUGUGUUGUCCCUAGGAGAAAGACGUUGUGUUGUCCCUAGGAGAAAGACGUUGCGUUGUCCCUAGGAGAAAGACGUUGCGUUGUCCCUAGGAGAAAGGCUCUGUCCCUAGGAGAAAGGCUCUGUCCCUAGGAGAAAGACGUUGUCCCUAGGAGAAAGACAACGUCUCUUCUACUUGGUCAUGGUGGCACAAUGCACCAGUUGAUGUUACGCUAUAACAGUCUGUUCUCCAUGGAAACCGCAAGUGUCUUGUCCUCAACAGCCUCAUCAACUCUAUGCAAAGGAGAUGUGUCGCGCUGCAUGAGGUGGUCACUCUAGAUAUGACUGGUUUUCUGAUCCGCGCCCAUACCUUGUUUAAAAAAUAAAUAAAUUACCCCCUUUCUCUCCCCAAUUUCAUAGUAUCCAAUUGUUAGUAGUUACUUAGACGAAGGUCGAGAGCCAUGCGUCCUCCGAAACACAACCCAACCAAGCCACACUGCUUCUUAACACAGCGUGCAUCCAACCCGGAAGCCAGCCGCACCAAUGUGUCGGAGGAAACACCGUGCCACCGUGCACUGCGCCUGGCCCGCCACAGGAGUCGCAAGUGCGCGAUGAGAGAAGGAUAUCCCUACCGGCCAAACCCUCCCUAACCCGGACGACGCUGGGCCAAUUGUGCGCCGCCCCAUGGACCUCCCGGUCGCGGCCGGCUGCGACAGAGCCUGGGCUCGAACCCAGAGUUUCUGGUGGCACAGCUAACGCUGCGAUGCAGUGCAUUAGACCACUGCCCCACCCGGGAGGCACUACCUUGUAAAGUGGCUGUUCCACUGGAUGUCAUAAGGUGAAUGCACCAAUUUGUAAGUCGCUCUGGAUAAGAGCGUCUGCUAAAUGACUUAAAUGUAAAUGUAAUGUAUCUGUGACCAACAGAUGCAUAUCUUUAUUCCAGUCUUGUGAAAAUCCAUAGAUUUAGGACCUAAUUUUUUUAAAUUGACUGAGUUCCUGAUAUGAACUGUAACUCAGUAAAUUGUUGCAUGUUGCGUUUUUAUAUUUUUGCUCAGUGUAUAUUUCAGGACGUUGUGUAUUUCUGGAAAUAAUCAGAAUUCAUGUCAAUUCAAGGAAAUUUUUUUUUUUUUUUUUUAACAAAAAAAACAGCUUCUCCAAAAAUGGUGUUCUCUUGUCUUAGUUUACUCCGGGUGUGGGGUAAACUCAGCCGCUGGACAGAGUGAAAUAAUCCACCUACAUAUUUCUGUACUGAAUUAAAUAUUACCACUACCUUUUAAAA